AUGUAUUCUUCUCCUGCUGCACCCAUCGGUCCUGCAGGUCCAGAGGGAGGAGAAGGCUUUUUCAAGCCCUUAGAAUUGAGCUUGGUUUAUGGGUUUUUUUUUUUUUUGUAUCCAUUCCUUUCCAGGGAAGAGAGCCCUCCUCCACCUGUGGUCUAUUCCCGCUACACGGACGACGUCCUCAGAGAUGUGGUGAAGAAGUUGGAGGAGCGGACAGCGCUUCUCCGAGAGAAAGUGAUAGACCCAUAUGCCACUUCUCCAGAGGUCACUCCACCCGUCACACCUAUCCUGAAGAAGGAGGACUACGUCAGACUGAAGGAGGAAGAGAGAGUUGCAAAAGAAGAAGCUGAAAGAAAGAAGGCAGAGGAGGCGGCCCGAAAGGCAGAGGAGAUAAAGAAAAAGAAUGAAGAGAAGAGACUUGAAGCUGAGAAGAAAGCCAAAGAAGAGAGGCUGGCAGAGGAGGCCAGGAGAAAGGCAAAGAGAUUCCCCGAACUCAGCUGCUUCUGCUGCGAUCUCCUCUUCCAACCACUGGAGAACAUGAUGGAUUCAGUUGUAGGGAGCACGAUUGACCCGUUCACAGAUCGUCGUUACAUUGCCUGGAUGACCCUAGUGGCAGUGGCGUUCAACUACAACCUGUGGUUCUGUUCGGCCCGGUUGGCGUUUCCUUACCAUAAUGAAACUCUGAAUCCCUACUGGGUUUUUUUCGACAUUCUCAGUGAUGUAGUGAAUGUCACCGACAUUGUAUUUUGGCAGCCCAGGCUUCAGUUUGUCAAAGCUGGUGACAUCAUAACAAACAGAAAAAUGACCAAAGUUCAUUACAGGGAAUCGCAGAGAUUCAAGCUUGAUUUAAUCAGCAUCAUCCCUUUCGACCUGCUCUGCCUCCACUUUGAGUUCUCUGCCGUCUACAGACUCAAUCGCCUCAUACGGAUAGUGUCCUUUUUCGAGUUCAGCAACCGACUUGAGAGUAUCCUGGCUAAGGCUUACAUCUGGAGAGUGAUUCGGACCACAGGCUACCUGCUCUUUGUGCUCCAUCUGAACGCCUGUCUGUUCUACGUGGCCUCUGUUCACCAGGGCUUGGGGAAGACCACCUGGGUGUACAGUGGAAAAGGCUCUGCGUACCUGCGCUGCUACUACUUUGCGGUGCGCAGCCUGAUCAACAUCGGAGGUCUGCCGGAGCCCACCACGAUCUUUGAGAUUUCAUUUCAGAUGACAAACUUCUUCACUGGCGUCUUUGUGUUCUCCAGCUUGAUUGGACAGAUGAGAGAUGUGAUCGGUGCAGCCACGGCAGGAGAGACGUAUUUUAGGUCAUCCAUGGACGGCUGUGUUAGCUACAUGAAUAGGUACACCAUCCCAAAACUUGUCCAGAACAGAAUCCGAACCUGGUACAACUACACAUGGACAGCACAGGGCAUGCUGGAUGAGUCAGAGUUGUUGGACAAGAUGCCCCUGGUGAUGAGAACUGCCAUCGCUGUGGACAUCAAUCUGGCGACAUUUCAGAAGAUUGCGCUGUUUCAGGGCUGUGACCAGCAGAUGUUGGUGGACAUGCUGCUGAGGCUCAAGUCCAUCGUAUACCUACCUGGAGAUUUUGUGGUUAAGAAAGGCGAUAUUGGUAAAGAGAUGUACGUCAUCAAAAGCGGAGCCGUGCAGGUGGUGGGAGGACCUGACAACAGCAUCGUGUUUGUCACUCUGAAGGCUGGAUGCGUGUUUGGAGAAAUCAGUUUACUACAGUCUGCUAAAGAUGGAGGAAACAGACGCACUGCUAACGUCAAAGCACACGGUUUUGCUAACCUUUUUGUCCUGGAGAAGAAGGACCUGUUUGACAUCCUGGUCCACUACCCUGAAUCUCAGAAAGUCUUGGCCAGGAAGGGGAGACAACUGCUAAAAGCUAAAGGUCCCGCAGCUGCUAAAGCAGCUGAGGAGAAACAGAAAGGUCUGGCUCUGUUUGGACAAAAACCACCAACACCUAAAAUGGUCAGAGCCUUUGCUGACUUGCGAAAAAAAGGUUUACUGGAAAAACUGAAGAAAAACGCAGCAGAGAUGAAGCGAAAACACAGUUUGAAAUAAUGCAGAGUUUAUAUAUAUGUAUAUAUAUAUACAUAUAUAUGUAUGUAUGUAUAUACAGUACAUAUAUAUGUAUGUAUGUAUAUAUGUAUAUAUAUGUAUACAAAGAAAAUAAAUGAAGUGCUACCCUAAACCCUCAGAGUCUCGUCAGCAGUGAAAGCAAAUGAAUCUGCCCACGUAGCAUUAAAUGUUCUGUGUUAUUGAGAAACUUUUCUUUUACAUGUGUAGAAAAAUGCAUCUUUAACACAGUUCAGUGGAAAAUAUUAAUAUUUAUUAUAUGUACUUUUUUCUUUUUUAAUCAUAAUGGCAUAUCAAUG